AAAGAUUAACCGCCAGAGCCACCGCUGCAACCACCGCAAUGCCUUUCUCUCUGCUCACUUCUCCUCCCACUCCGGCUCCUCGCAAUCUCCCCACCUUUUCCUUAGCUUCAUCAUCACACUUAACCACCACUAGAUUCCUCGCGAGCAAAAGAUUUAGAACAACGAUCAGUAUUGUUGCCAGGGCUUCCGAAGAAGGAGAUGAUAAGCCGGCGUUCAAUCCGUUCGGAUUUGUAACUGAUAAUCCAUCAAUCCGAAGUGCCAUUCAGCUUCCUGAAUCCCCUGCUGAGGAUGGAAAUGUUGGCCAAAUGUUGCUGCAAUUUUUAUUAUGCAUAGAACUUUCGUCAAAUUUGAUGAUAUAUGGCUCUUACAUUAAAGCUGGAGGGUUUAGGUGGUUUGUAAGAGAAACAGGAUCUAUUGAGAGUGGACGUGGAACGAUUGUCUUUCUCCAUGGUGCUCCAAUGCAAUCCUACAGCUAUCGCGUUGUUAUGUCUCAGAUGGCAGAUGCUGGGUUCCACUGUUUUGCUCCUAAUUGGAUAGGAUUGGGGUUUAGUGACAAGCCACAGGCUGGAUAUGGAUUUGACUACACCAAGAAAGAGUUUCAUGAAGCUCUUGGUCUAGGUGUUGCUUCUCCUUUCUUCCUAGUAGUUCAGGGAUUUCUUGUAGGGUCAUAUGGAUUAACUUGGGCUUUGAAUAACCCGAGCAGAAUUUCAAAGCUUGGAAUUAUGAACACCCAAUUGACAGUCUCAUCUCCCCUUCCUGGACUAUUUAAUAAUCUCAGCUAUGUCUUGAAGAUGGAAAAGGCGAAUGUAUAUCGAUUACCAUAUUUGUCAGGCAGUGGCCCAAGAUUUGAUGGGAUACACCAAUAUUAGUUGCAUAGGGAAUAUCAGACAAGUAUCUUCCACAAUCUGUGGCAGAAGAAUUUCAAAAAGGGAAUCCUGAUUUGGUAAAGCUCAAGCUGAUUGAAGGCGCCUGUCAUAUGCCUUAGGAGGACUGGUAAUAUAGCUACUGAAAACUAUUGAUGUGUAUUUACCGUUAUUUUUUCUACUUCCUAUUACCAUUUUAACUGUACAAACCGGAGAAAGUAAUUGACACCUUGAAAUAUUUAUGCACAAAAUGGAUAUAUACAUUGCUGAUGAGCUCAAAGGCUAAUCUUUUUGAAGUUAGAUUCUGAGCCUUGAGUACAAUUGUAUAUGUAAUCAUUAUAAUUCUGACAAUGCACGAAGGAGUUGACAUUUUUCAAAAGAUAAAUGAAAUUUACUAGUCCAAGGAAAUUGGUUUUGGAACAUUAAA